CUGAUGGUGGCACCUGCCAAGUAGUGUGGCAGCAGCCAGAGGUUCGCGCGGGUUGGUCGCUUUCGCUCAUCACCUGGAAAUUACUGUUUUUAUGUGAUUUACGAAUAACCAAAUAGACUGAGAGCACUGAAAUCCAGCAAUGAAGUUGAACCAAUCUAGUUUAUAGUCCCGGACUGAAGUAAGUCAUCUCUCGAGGGGCCGAGUAUAUAUAUAUAAUAUAUAUCAAGAUGAAACUGUUUGGGCGUAUUUCAUGGGCGGCUUUGGCCGUCGGCGUGACUAUCAUGAUGCUCGCCCACGUUCAGGAGACAGAACAGCUACCGCCCACAAUUACAGUAGUUGGACUCUUCGACAAGGAUGAUAUCAAACAACAGAUGGUCUUUGGGUAUGCCGUCGACAGAAUCAACCAGGAGAGGGUAUUGGGCAAAGGUACCCGGCUUGUUCCUCGCACUGAGAAGAUUCCAAUUGGAGACUCCUUCACUGCCCACAAAAGACUGUGCCAGAACGUCGGGGCCGGCAUUGCAGCUGUGUUCGGUCCCCAGUCUGGAAAGACUUCAACUCACGUCCAGUCGAUUUGUGAUGCUCUGGAAAUCCCGCAUUUUGAGACCAGGUGGGACUUUCGCACCCGGAGAGAUGAUUACUCCAUCAACCUUUAUCCUCAUCCUUCUGCUCUCAGUAAGGCAUACCUCGACCUAGUACGACUCUUCAACUGGAAAACUUUCUGUAUUCUCUACGAGGACAACACAGGUCCCGUGAGGCUUCAAGAAAUACUUAAAACGCCAAAGAGAAACGAAAUGAAAAUACUCUACAAAAGGUUACCCAUGGGUGAUGACUUCAGACCAACUCUGAACGAGAUUAAAAUGCAUGAAGAAUACAACAUACUUCUGGACUGUCACACGGACAAGGUGUUCCAAGUAUUGAAACAGGCUCAGCAGAUUGGGAUGAUGACGUCAGACUACAAUUACAUCUUAACUACGAUGGACCUCCAUCUGAUCGAUCUCGAAGACUUCAAGUACAGCGGAACAAACAUCACAUCUCUGAGAAUCAUCGACAUGUCCCGUGACGACGUCCGAAAUUUGACCGAGGACUGGCACGCAGGGCAGACGCGAUAUUCAAACAUAUUUCACGAACGAGGACAACUGAUGAUGCCCAAAGGAAAAUUUAACAUGACGACUGAGACUGCACUGAUGUACGAUGCUGUCCAACUUUUCGUCAAGGCUCUCAAGAGACUGGAUGAUUCCAAUGACAUCAUGGUGACGGCGACAGACUGCGAGAGUGAAAGUUCGUGGGGACAUGGAAACUCUCUCAUCAAUUAUUUGAAAGUGGAGGAACUGCUCGAAGGUCUCACUGGAGCCAUCAGCUUCGACGCAAGCGGCUUCCGAACCGACUUCUGGCUGGACAUCAUGGAAUUACAGAGACCCGGUUUGGUUAAGGUUGGUUACUGGCGUCCCAGCACAGGCGCCAACUUCACCCGAAGCAAUGGAGAAAUUCCCAUUAACAUGAUGGAAGGGAUUCAAAACAAAACUCUCAGAGUCUCCAUGGCUUUUAACGACCCUUACGUCAUGCUCGCCGAAAGCGCCCUCAAGUUGACUGGGAACGACCGUUACGAGGGAUUCUGCAUCGACCUGCUGACCGAAGUCGCGGCCAAGUUGAAAUUCAACUUCAUCCUGAUGCCCGUCGAAGGCAACGCCUACGGAAGCUACAACAAGACCACGGGGAACUGGUCCGGCAUGAUCAAGGAACUCUUGGAAGGGCGAGCUGACCUUGCCAUGACUGACCUGACCAUCAGCCACGAGAGGCAGCAAGCCGUAGACUUCACGAUGCCCUUCAUGAAUCUGGGAAUCUCCAUCUUAUACGUCAAGCCAAAGAAGGCCCCUCCGUCCCUCUUCUCCUUCUUGUCUCCUCUCUCCUACGAAGUCUGGAUUUACAUGAUCACGGCUUACGUUGGUGUGUCCCUCCUUAUGUACUUCUUGUCCAGGCUGUCGCCCUACGAAUGGCAGAAUCCUCAUCCUUGCAACCCAGAUCCAGACGAAUUAGAAAAUCAGUUCACCCUCAGGAAUUGUCUGUGGUUCGCUAUUGGCUCCCUCAUGCAGCAAGGUUGUGAUUUCCUGCCGCAAGCCGUGUCGACGCGCCUGGUGGCAGGUAUGUGGUGGUUCUUCACUCUCAUCAUGAUCUCCUCCUACACCGCUAACUUGGCCGCCUUCUUGACCAUCGAACAGAUGGAGACGCCCAUCGAGUCUGUGGACGAUCUCGCAAAGCAGACCAAGAUCAAAUACGGAACCAAGGAUUCUGGAACGACGAAAAACUUCUUCAAAUUUAAUAAUUUCGACAUCUACCAGCAAAUGUAUAGAUUCAUGAUUAAUGAGAAGCCAUCUGUUUUCGUGUCUUCCAACAAGGCUGGAGUGGAACGCGUUGAGAGAGACAACGGCCUCUACGCCUUCUUCAUGGAGUCGACCUCCAUCGAGUAUAUGGUCGAGCGCCGUUGCAAACUCAACCAAGUCGGAGGAUUACUCGACUCCAAGAGUUACGGGCUCGCCCUCCCCAAAAAGUCUCCUUACAAGGGCGCCAUAGACGUGGCCCUGCUGACGCUCCAGUCGGAAGGCAGAUUUCACAUCCUCAAAAACAAAUGGUUCCGGCAGAAAAAAGGCGGAGGGAAAUGCAAGGAAGAAGCAGGAGGGGGAGGUGGCGCCAGCGAACUGAAUCUAUCAAACGUGGGUGGAGUGUUCGUUGUGUUGAUGAGCGGUAUGGGACUCGCAUCGGUCGUCGCUAUAGGGGAAUUCUGCUCCGAGUGCUGGACCAUCGCUAAGGAGGACAAGAUUCCCUUAAUGGAAGUUCUGAAGAACGAACUGACGUUCGUCUUCAAGUGCAAAGGGUCGUCGAAGCCGGUGAGGAAAAAAGCGGAGUCCGAAGAAGAAGCGCCCAACGAGGAUGUGUAUGGAUCUAACGACUACAAUUACACCGUCAAGAAACCGCUGACCUGAUCGCGACGAGUGACGUCAUGCCUUGACCUCACUCAUUAGUUUUGUACAACCAACCCUCCUUUUGAAUCCCCCUCCGGGGAGGUUCUUGAUUUGGUCUCUUUGUCUCAAGAAUCGAUGUAUGUGACCCAUCAACCACCAGCGUGUGUGUGUUUGGCACCUGAGCGUCGUUCUUUGGUUGUUUUGUUUAGCUACGGAGACCCAGACGUCGAGGGGCUAAAAACAUCUCCUGGAACACGUUUGGAAAAUCUCUCGCGAGGUCGAAGGCCUCUGGAAACCGCUGGACUCGCGGCGAGGGACGUUUUUGAUGACUGGAUGCAACUGCUGAUUCAGCGUCGAACUGACAUUUUUGAAUUUCAAUUUUUCGGUCUUGGCUUCGAGAGAAUCGCCGGAGUCAUUUUCUCGUUGUUUUAGCGGUACCGUAAGUUUGUUUCUUGUAUUGUAUACCUGACAAUUCCUGUUGUUUUUGAUAAAGACACAUUGCAAACUGAC